AUAAAAAGCACAAUUUUCUGAAGUACAAUGACAGCUUCAUCACUGAUCUGAACACACCCUACGACUACGAAUCAUUGAUGCACUAUCAACCAUUUUCAUUUAACAAAAAUGAAAGCAUCCCCACAAUCACAGCAAAGAUACCAGAAUUUGAUAACAUAAUUGGACAACGUCUAGACCUCAGUGCCAUUGACCUGGAAAGACUCAAUCGCAUGUAUAACUGCACUUCAACUCACACUUUUUUGGACCAGUGUUCUUUUGAGUUUGAAAAUAUCUGCGGCAUGAUUCAGGGCACCAGAGAUGAUCUAGACUGGGUCCAUCAACAGAGCAGUGCUUCAGGACAGGAAGACCACACACUUUCUGGGCGCUGCAGAGCUGCUGGCUAUUUCAUGUACUUCAGCACCAGCUCUGGCAAGGCAGAUGAGGUGGCAGUCCUAGAGUCUCGAAUCCUUUACCCAAAGAGAACUCAGCAGUGCCUCCAGUUCUUCUAUAAGAUCACAGGAAGCCUUUCUGACAAGCUGAUCAUCUGGCUUAAAGAGGAUGAUGGCACUGGAAAUGUUCGCAAGAUGAGGAAAAUUCAAACCUUUCAAGCGGAUAAUGACUAUGACUGGAAAAUUGCCCACGUAACCCUCAACGCUCAGAAGAAGUUCCGUUACCUCUUUCAAGGACUAAAGGGCAACCCCAGCUCUUCAUCUGGUGGGAUUGCUAUCGAUGAUGUCACACUGACAGAGAUGCCCUGUCCCACAGCUGUGUGGGUCAUUCGGAAUUUCAGCCAAAUCCUCCAAAACACGUCAAGUGAUGUUAUUCAAAGCCCCCGGUUUUAUAGCCCUGAGGGUUACGGUUUCGGCAUAAGUUUGUAUCCCCACUCCAGAAUGAGUGGCUCCUCUCGCAUUGCCUUUCACUUGUGCAGUGGAGAGAACGAUGGUGUUCUGGAGUGGCCAGCUCUGAACCGCCAAGCUGUACUCACAGUGCUGGACCAGGACCCUGACGUCUUGAAGAGGAUGUCCUCAAGCAAAAGCUUCACCACAAGCAAAGACCAUGUUAGCUCAGCUGUUAAUGGAACCUUAAUAUGGGAGAAACCAUCAAUUGUUGGAAAAUUUGAUGCCUCAUGCAAUUGCUAUAGAAGUGUAUCCUGGGGGUGGGAUAACUUCAUAUCCCAUAGCCAGAUGAGACGGAGAAGCUUCCUGAAAAAUGAUGACCUGAUUAUUUUUGCAGAAUUUAAUGAUCUAAGUCACCUCUAUAACACUGAAGUCGCUGUUGAACCUCAACAACCUGCCUUCAUGGAAGGCCUCAUUCUUGAAAGGCAGAAGAGAGCUGCCCAGGAUAUGGAGCCUGUUCAAGACCAGCUGCCUUACCUGCCAGACCCGUGUAACCCAAACCCUUGCCAGAAUGAUGGAACCUGUGUGAAUGUGAAAGGGACAGCAAGAUGCAGGUGCCCGUCAGGACAAGCCUUCUUCUUUACGGGUGACAGGUGUCAGUCAAGGCAGGUGCAUGGGGACAUCGUGGGAAUGACAGUUGGUGGAAUUGCUGGAACCAUCGUCUUAACCAUCGUCCUCAUUUCCGUGAUGGCUAGAAGAUAA